AUGGGGCACAUGACUCAAACCUGCUUGAGCGACAUUCUAAAGACUCAAGGCGAGAUUACAUCAGAGUUGAUUGAGUCGAUUCUCAAUGCGCCGCAAGAAGGAACUUUCUUUCACAAAUAUCAACAAAGCGCAACGAUGGGUGCCAAAAUGAGGCGAGAUAAAGUUCAAACGUACAAGGAAUGCCGCAAAAACUUCGCCUGCUCCGAAACUUACAAUCCAUAUCUGUACAAUGAAUCAGAUACUAGUUCGGGAGGAGAAAAGGUUACGCUUUCAAUGGAAGUCAGACAUUCGGAUCACAUUGAAAUGCAAACAAAUCGAAUGCAACUGAAACUUGAUGACUCGAUCUCAAAAAUAAUUGCUGAUACGAAAAUAGAUAUUAUAUUUCCCGACAAAGAAGACCAUGAACAGCGAUAUGGCUACAAGAACGAGCUGACUCAAUUUUCCAAUCAAAUACUAAUUCACGGGUCAUUAAAAGAAGUAAAUGAAGCAAGGAAAAGACUCCGGAAACUCACUCCUUUGAUGGUGAGCUUUUCAACAAAAGGAUGUAAAGAAAGCGUGAAUAAGGAAACAAUCAAGGAAUGCAUCAAGGAACUUCAAGAAGAUGGUCAUCUAAAGUCUGUCAAUGUGCAGCUCACGUCUUAUUCGCAAGAUAGUAGCGAACCAACCAUACAUGUUACGGGACGAAUCGGCAAUGCAACAAAUAUCGCAACUGUUUGCGAAUCUUUGAAAAAAGCGCUCUUCGAUGAACACAAUUGCGAGAAAGUCAUCUUCAGCUCAUGUCUUGAAAUGCCAUCUUGCCAAUGGGACCUCAUCAUAGCCAAACAACAGCCUGAAUACUUCUUCAUCGCAGUUGCUUCAAAAAUAACUAACGCGGAUAUUCAUUUUCCCGAGAAGAUCGAUCGGCAUAUGGUUUCGUUUUUUUGCACCGGCACAAGUCCCAUUUCUGUAAUCGAAGCUCGCCGAGUUUUGCAGAGUCUUCUUCCACUGCAGCUCUGUGUUGAUGUCACGAAUGAUGAUCUUGUUGAACCGCUCAACUUUGGGCCGUUAAGAUCGAAGCAAGAAUUUGACUCGGAAAAUCUCGUCACAAUUAACUACUACAAAAGCGAAUACGAGAUGGAACCUUUGUUAGCCACUGAGCCGAUGAGACAUUUUGUACAUUUUGUUACACAGGAGUUCAAUGUAACUGGUUUAUUUGCUUCUUUGGCAAGUACCUUUACUCACGCACGUUUUGUUGCUGCCAUUUCCCUUGACUCCACGGAUUACAAUGGUAUAUCCAGUCGCCUUAUGACAACUGCGUGUAAAAAUUACGUUGGUCACAUGCCUAUGAUUAAGUCUAUGGCUGCGCCGAACGCUCUGCUUUUGGAAACUGAAGAACCUUCAGCGAACAUCGUUCGCGAUGAGAGUUUAGCUGAAUAUGAACCAGCUCGAGUGCUCAGAGAAAUAUCGGCAAAUGUUCCACAUUCAUCACACAUGGGAGAACAGGUGUCUCGUUUGAUGCAACAAGGAGGACUCAUAGCAAGAUACUAUCCAUUGCAUUAUUCUGCAAGCUUUCCUCGUAGCCCUUAUUCAGCUAAUGCCUUUCAAUGUCGUGACGAUUCUAACAACACAAAUCAAACCAACACACCGAAUGGCUCAACUAAUGUAUCGUUUUCAAGUACUCGCUCUCAAAGCCGAGUUCGAAAUAGCAAUUACAGCACCGGAAACCAAAGCUAUAAUAAAAACACAGCAAAUGAAACUCAUGAGCGUCGAGCCCCGGUAUAUAGUAACGUCACCUACCCCGAUAAGACCCAAGGGCCAAGGAGCUAUGUUUCCUCAACACGCGGUGGCGGGCGUGGGCGUUGGCCAUAUGGUGGGAAGGCCUAUCAUCACAAUGAUCGCAACACUCACAUGUCGCAUGCGGAUUUCGGAAACGUUGAGUACCUCAGACAGUAUGAAAAUAGCCAGCGACAUCGUGGGAUUCACGGAAAUCAUUAUUUGCAAAAUGAGCACCAGGAGCAGCAGUUUGACAAAGCACCAAAGAGUAAAGCGCGUUAUCAUGAUGACUACACGAAUCGCCAAUACAGAGAUGAUCGUUGUUAUCAAAGGGAUAGUCCAGUAACACCACAAAGUGGAGACCGAUCAUCAAAGGUCUCCUUGCAGUUGAAGGACCAAUCAAAUCCAAAGCGAACUUCGUUUUCUGAUGUUGAUGGCCACACUACAAAUAAGUCAAUUGAACCUCUGGAAUUGAUUCGAGUUGCCUCUACCGAGCCACAAUCUUUGGAGCAUUCAAGGGAAAUGAUCGAGCAUCGUGGCUACGAGUUUUCGGCAAGCGACGGAAGCGUCGAUGAGGCAAACAGGCACUCUCAUGUGGCCACCUACGCUCAGAUUCUCGAAGGGAAGAAGCCAGCAAAUGGAGUUGAAUCAAAA